GCCCCUUUGUUAUCAUUUUAAAUUACAUGAGAAUUUUGCGGCAUGCAGUACACCUGAAGCAGAAUUCAGUGAUAUUCAACGCAAUAGAAAUUCAUGGCAAAAACUUAUCUUAGAUGGUGAAAAAUACGUUGUUCGUGAUGAUCUUGUGUUCAGACAAAACAGACAUUUACAACCGUCAAAUACUUCAACACACAACAUCCAAACUACGACAGAUAUGUGCAUGAAUCAAAUACAAUUAGAUACAUCAUCCACUGAUUGUGUAGUAGAAACAAGUAAGCUUCAGAUCGAUUAUGUUCUUCAACUAUGUAACCAAUACGCUGAAAGUGUGCUUCAAUAUCCAAUAUCUGGUAGUGAAACACACAAAAAAUCUAUUAAUGACGACGAGGAUUCUCAUACUGUAAUAAAAAAAACACGUUCUAUCGGUAUAAAUACCGAAUCAGAAAAAUUUCAUUCAUCAUCUGGACAUUUGAGAAUUGUGAAAGAAUGUUCGUCCGAUGAUCCACUUGAAAAACAAUGGAGAAAUACUUUUGAAACUGGUUACAGUUGUCUAUCUCAAUUACAAUUGACUGAACUUGGUGGAAAGAAAGAUCGUUUGAUCGAACAAAAUAGUAAUAUUCAUUCAAGUGUUCAAUUUCAAUUACAAACUAUCGAUUGUAUGUAUGAAAAAAAUCGUAGUGAAUAUUAUGCAAAACAGAUAAGAGAAAUACAAGUUGAAAAUGAGAAGUUAACAUGUGAAGAUCACAAUAAAGAAUGUCGAUCGCGUAAAACAAAAUUAAACGAAUUAUUAAACGUCAGAGAAAAAAUGUGUUCUUCAAUAUAUGCUUUUAGUAAUCAAUUACCGAAUUUUCAUAGUCUUAAUGAAACCUUUUACAAUGAAUGUAUUGAUGAAGAAAUAAAAUUAAAAACUGAUGAAGAAAAGCAAGCAACCGGUCAGCAAAUGUACGAUGAGAAAUUAAAUCGUUUAAAAAAAGAAAUCACUGAUUUAGAAACUCGAAAAGUUGCUACUGAUCUUGAGUUUAAAGAUAUUCAACGUCGAUUCUUUUCUACGAAUUUGAAUUCUAAAAAUUGUCGAGCAAUGAAUGAUAUAAUAGAAAAGUUAUUAAUUGAUUAUGCAUGUUCGAGAAAGAAACAUCAAUUAUUAAAUAGUAUACUAAUGCAAUUGAAAUUAAAGUGUAUAACAAAAGAAAAAUUAAUUAAUGACGAUUAUUAUCUAGAUGAAGAGAAUGUAGCAAAAACUAUUGAGAUGAAACGACAGAAAUUUGAUGAAUUAAAAAAUGUUCUAACAAAACAGAUGAGUCGUUUAUCAUCAUUAAAUAGUCUUGUUAUUUAUAAAAGACUAUUACGGGAAUUAUCUCGUUUAUCUAAUAAUAAUUCUUAUAAAUCAUCACCAAUUUAUCCCAAACUAGUGGAUGAAUUUCGUCGACAUAAACCAUUGGCAGCAAAAUAUUGUAAAGAAACAAAUGAACAAUUAUUUUUAGCAGAUACAUAUUUAAACUAUUUAGUUAGUGUAAGAAAACGAACAGAAAUACAAAAUACAUAUUCAAAAGGUGAAAAAACAGUUGAACAAGCAGCAAAUAUUGUUGGACUUAGUCUACCAAAAACAUUUGAUAGAGAACCAUUACCUUUAACUCGUACUCCAUCGUCAGACUAA